UGGGGCUAAGUGGAAGCCAAAAUUAAAACUCUCCCCUCAGAAAGUAGAAAACAAAAGCCACACCCACAAAGAGCUCAUGGCUAUCCUCCUCAUCUCACUCAAAAAAAAAUCUUUCCAGCUCUAUGAAAUUUCACAUUUCCAAUCCUUCUUAACUUUUCAACAUAUUGAAAAUGGACGUUUUCGAGUUUGAAUAUUCGAACCCCAUGAAGUCGAACACAAUGCCACGAUUCCAUCACCUUCGAAAGCUUUUUCGUAUGUUAGAGCUCUAUCUGAUUCUCACUUCCCUCUCCUGGGUCUCAACUCGCUUGCUAUUUGCCAUCCAAAACUACGGCCAGUACUUCUGGCAACUUGUAAACUUCGUAAUCAGCCCUUUCUUUCUUUUCCUUUUCGGCAAUAUAAUUGUCUUAACUCUUCUCUUCAAGUCCGGCCUUCUCUUUCCACAAUAUUCUCAUAAAAGAAAUGAAACCCACAUGGAGUUCUACGAGGAAUUCAUCAAAAACAGCGAUGACAGCACGCAGUUCAGUCAAGAAUGUGUUUCUCAGGCUCCAGAACCGGAGGAAAUUUUGUACCAAGAUAAACAGAGCAUUUACGAAGUGAGAACAAAUAUUGAUCGGAGGAGUCAGUCGGAGACUUGGAAGAAAGAAGAAAAUUUGGGCGAGGAUAUUUGCGAAAAGAAACUCCGGCCAUCGGAGAGGGAUAAGUGCCGGAAAGUUGUGAACCCCGGCGAAGUUCUGGAUGAGACUGUCGUGGUUGAUGAACUAAGUAAUGAGGAGUUUCAAAGAGCCAUUGAGGAUUUCAUUGCAAAGCAAAUUAAGUUUCACCAAGAAGAAAAGCUGAUACAAAAAACAAUCGAUCUAUAAAAUUUCAGUGUUCUGUAUAAUAAUAAUUUUUAGUAAUGUGAGUUUGCAAUGAUUUGGCUUGUAAUUACAUUUUCAAUCAUGAUAGAAAAUACAAAAAGUUAUUAAUCAUUUAAAUGAUGUUCGAC